AUGGGCGCUUCCUGCUGCGUAGCGGAUAUCCAUCUCCGCAAUCUCUAUGGGGAAACUGUGCUGUACGAGGCAGCCUACCAUAGCCCACUACCCGUGGUGCAGGCGCUGGUACAAGCUGGCGCGGAUCUCCAUGCCCGGAGCAAGACGGGACGGGUUAUCCACCGCGCCGCAGAAGCUGGUCGUGUAGAUACCGUGCAGUGGAUUCUGACCGAUCGCUACUUUACUAUCAAUAUGUCUGGGGCGCACGGCUGGACGCCAUUGCACUACGCUGCGCUGGCCGAUCAAAGAUCUGGCGGCCACACGGCUUUACAUUACGCUGCGCGUUCGGAGCGAAAUGAGACAGGGAAGUGGAAAGAUGAUGCUACGUUGGUCUGCGCCUUGAUCGAGUAUGGCGCGGAUGUCAAUUUGGCUGCUGAUGCGCGGUGGCCGUCAGUCAGUGGGGAGUCUCGGGAUGAAUUGCUCUUUCACGAGCAGCUAGAACUUGUCUAUCCCAUUCAUUGUGCUGUUCUCUCGAUUACGCUUAGUAGGGUCAAGGCCCUGCUAGAAGCGGGUGCUGAUAGCAAUGCGAGAACGAGUGUAUGGCAGUACUCCUCUCGACCUGGCUGCGCGGAGAGGGCAACUAGAGAUGAUUCGCUUUCUCCUUCGCAAUGGUGCUAG